UCUGUAUUUGGUUCAAACUCCAAAUUUGGUAAUGCAUUCCAAUCAGCAGUCACAAAGAAAUCAAUUUUCGAUAAAACUCCAGAAGAGCAAGCUAAAGAGAAGGAAGAAGUUGAAAAAUCUAGAGAAACAACACCUGCAACUAGUGGGAAUCUAUAUAAACAAGUUGAACUUGAAAAGAAAGAUAUCAAAUCAGGUGAAGAAGAUGAAGAACAGGUCUUCACAUGUCGAGCAAAACUUUAUGCUCUUGAUUUGAGUAACGUUAAAGAAGGUUGGAAAGAAAGAGGAAUUGGUAAUGUACAUGUUAAUAAGGCGAAAGAUGGUGAAAAAGCUAGAGUUAUAAUGAGAUCAAUUGGUUUACUGAAGGUGAUAUUGAACACACCUUUGAUUGCAGGUUUAGAAGUUGCCAAAGGUAUGCCAAGUUCGUUAACAAGUGAAAAAUUCAUCAGAAUCACUGUUGUUGAAGAUAAAAAACCUAUUCAAUAUGCAUUAAAGACUGGUAAUCCAGAAACAACGUUGAGUCUAUAUGAGUCUAUAGUGGAUCUUAUUCCCAAAUAA